AUGACCAUGUCUGCACAGCACGCCGGGCUGGUGUUCUCGCCCCAUACUUUCCUCCACACCAACGAGGCCCAGCAACAGCACCACCACGUCAAGAUGAUGGUGGCCGAUGAGGACGAGGCGGCAGCCGCUCUCUGUGCACUUCCCUCCACCACCGCCCACCCCGACCCCAAGGCCUUUCAACACAUCUGGGCUCAGAUCAAGGACUGCAGCGAUCGUUUGCGUGACCUGACAUCGAUCGCGACGGUGACGGCCACGGCGCCCGAGACCUCGUCAUCAUCGACGCCGGCGCUGUUCCCUCUGCUCCAGCAGCUGCUCAGCCUCUUCCACACCUUCAACUCCUCCGUCCAACCAGCGGCGACUCAGCAACGCCAGUCCUGCUCGUCGGCCCCGGUUCUGCUCAAGAAGCGAAAGACCGAGCAAGUCGACGACGAGUCCAACGACAACGCAUCGAUGGUGGUCAAGCACGAGUGCGACGAAAAGGGCGACGAGAGCGAGUGCAACUCGGACGGCCAGCAGAGCUCGGCCAAGCGACAGAAGCGAGCGCGUCGCGUCAAGGCCAAGCCCGAGCCGGGCAAUCUCCGCUGCUUCCACUGUGGCGAGACCGACACGCCCGAGUGGCGACGGGGUCCGGCCGGCCCGAAGACGCUGUGCAACGCGUGCGGGCUGCAGUACGCCAAGUACCUGCGGGAAGCCGACAAGCGAGAAAAGUGCCGACUGCCGCUCUCGCUCGUCCUCAACGCCUGA